AUCAGACAUAACAAUAAAAUGCAGCAAAAAUUCUAAAAAAAAGGGAGAAAAAUAUAAACUGAAAAGUAUCGGGUUAAAUAAGGAAGCCUUGUAUAAUAAAAUAAUAGUAUAUAAAAUAAUAGUAAUAAGUAGGGGACAAUAUAUAUAUUUUGUUUGAAAUCGCUGUAAUCACCACAAUUUAAUGUGAAAAUUAAGGGCUGUUUGAGAGACGUUCAUAACUCCCGGAACAAAUUCUUUUGUGAAAAAAUUUCGUGGGGGAAACUGUUAUGGUGCGUAACAAAUCAUCAUCAUCAUCGUCAUCCUCGGGCAAUGUCAAUAGCAGCAGCAGCACCAAAUCACCCAUAAGAAGUCAUCGUAAAACAUCUAGUGUUUGUAGUGUAGCUUUGGAAGAUGUAAAACCAUCCACCUCAAGACGUUCACCCAAUUCCUCCUCCUCACCAGAUGAUGACUCCGAUGAAUAUGAGAUUCCGAAUGCCAGAUCGACAUUUAGCUCUGUACAUAAACAAAACCUUUAUGUUGUCUCUUUUCCCAUCAUUUUCCUCUUCAACAUUCUGCGAACACUUAUUUAUCAGCUGUUUUGUAUAUUGCGUUAUAUUUACGGUGCUAGCACAAGAGUUAUAUAUCGUCCACAUAAGCGUGAGUGUAAUAUUGAAAUUGUUGUUGGCUCCUCGUCAGGCACACAAAACACCAGCCUAGUGGCCGUAUCAUCCAAAGAUAAACAUCAACUGCUCGAACAUCAAGCGCACAGCAAUUGUUCAGCUGUAACUUCAACGGCAAUUGCGCCCUAUCCUCUGCCGUCAUCGCGCAUUCGUAAUCCUCAACAGCAAUUGGAAAUGUUCAAUAAAAAUAGUAGCGGCAUAGCUCCAGCUGGAUCAGGUCCUGGUCCAGGGGAUCCUUUAUUGGCCAAACAAAAGCAUCAUCAUCGUCGAGCAUUCGAAUACAUUUCGAAGGCCUUGAAAAUUGAUGAAGAAAAUGAAGGUCACAAAGAAUUAGCCAUUGAAUUGUACCGAAAAGGUAUUAAGGAACUUGAAGAUGGUAUUGCCGUCGACUGCUGGAGCGGACGCGGCGAAGUUUGGGAGCGUGCCCAGCGCUUGCAUGAUAAAAUGCAAACUAAUCUUUCCAUGGCACGAGAUCGCCUACAUUUUCUUGAAUUGCGCGAUGAACAAUUACGUAUGGAGGCUUUACAUCUCAAGGAAGCGGAAGAAGAUAAAAACAAACAAACAGAGGCUCUUAGAAAUCGUUCAAAUGUUAAAUAUAGAAAAUCGAAUACAUCAACAACUUCUCCUACAACUUCUAAGCAAUUGGCCAAAAACAUACAAGUUGUACAGCCAAUGCAAAUGGAAAAUAAUAAUAGCAACAGUGGUGGUAACAUACCAUUGGUGCGUACUAAUAAUACCACUAAGCUACGCAGCAUAGCUGCCCAUAAUAUAAGAUACAAUAGUUCAAGUAACAACACCUCAACUAGUACGGGGUCACCUGCUGCAGCUUCGGGUCGUAAACUCACUGUUAGCUCUACUAAACGACCUGGCAAUUUGGCAGUGGUUAACAAAUCGCAGACUUUGCCACGUAAUUUGGGCUCAAAAAAUGCUAUAGCUGGUGUAUCACAACGUCAACCCGUUAAAACUGCUGCCACGCCUCCUGCCGUACGAAGACAAUUUUCUUCAGGACGCAAUACUCCACCACAACGUUCACGGACACCCAUCAGUGGAAUGGGUAGCUCUGGUGGGCAGUCGAACAGUGGUGCCAGUACACCUGUUGUUAGUGUCAAGGGUGUUGAACAAAAAUUGGUACAAAUAAUACUCGAUGAAAUUGUGGAAGGCGGUGCUAAAGUUGAAUGGUCAGACAUUGCUGGGCAAGAGGUUGCCAAGCAAGCCUUGCAGGAAAUGGUUAUUUUGCCAGCAGUGAGGCCUGAACUAUUUACGGGUUUGCGAGCUCCUGCCAAAGGUUUGUUAUUAUUUGGUCCACCAGGCAAUGGUAAAACAUUGUUGGCCCGCGCUGUGGCUACCGAAUGCAGUGCUACGUUUUUGAAUAUUUCAGCAGCCUCCUUAACCAGUAAAUACGUGGGCGAUGGUGAGAAAUUGGUGAGAGCAUUGUUUGCGGUGGCUAGAGAAAUGCAGCCCUCGAUAAUAUUCAUUGAUGAGGUGGACUCUUUACUAUCUGAACGCAGCAGCAAUGAGCACGAGGCUUCGCGUCGUUUAAAAACAGAGUUCUUAGUUGAGUUUGAUGGCCUGCCAGGAAAUCCGGAUGGCGAUCGCAUUGUUGUUCUAGCGGCCACAAAUCGUCCACAGGAAUUGGAUGAGGCUGCCUUGAGACGUUUUACCAAACGUGUCUAUGUAUCUUUGCCAGACAUUGAGACGAGGGAACUGCUUUUGCGUCGUCUAUUGCAAAAACAGGGCAGUCCUUUGGAUACGGAUGCGCUUAAGCGGCUAGCCAAACUCACCGAAGGAUAUUCGGGUUCCGAUUUGACAGCCUUGGCCAAAGAUGCAGCCCUUGAACCCAUACGAGAGUUAAAUGUGGAACAAGUGAAAUGCUUGGAUAUAAGUGCUAUGCGUCCAAUAACCGAAAAUGAUUUCCACAAUUCCUUGAAGCGUAUACGCCGCUCAGUAGCCCCGCAGAGCUUAACGUCAUAUGAAAAAUGGUCUCAAGAAUAUGGUGAUAUUACCAUUUAAAACAUCAUAUAAAUUUUCUCACAUACACACACAUACACUUACUACAACAACAACACACACACAAAAACAUACACACACCUACCUACUCUUAAGUCUUGUAGCUAUUUAAGAUAUUUGAAGAAGAAAAACCAAGGAUGAAAUUAUUUUCAUUUAAUAUGUAUUCUACUAUCUCUACUAUAACCUGCAGCAAAACUAUACUCUACUGCAUCUAUGUGCUCCUAUACUCCCCCCUUUGCAUCACAUACAGCAUUCUCCCCCCUCUUUUAUGCAUAUGCGGCACAUUGAUAAUGUGUGUGUGUGUGUGUCUGAUAUACCACAUUCAAAGAAAAGCAGUUUCCAAUGUGAGUUAUACAAUGUUUUUUUCUAAAACUUCCCAUAUGUUUUUUUGUUUGUUGCUAAAAUAGUUUUUAUUAGUGUCUUUAAUAUUUUUAAACUAUUAUUUAAUUUUUGUUGUUGUCUAAAAGAACUCCCCUGUUCAAUGUUAGAUUAUGAUUUUGUAAACUAUAAACCUGCCUUUUUCUGAAAUUUCAUAGAAACCAAAACAACUCACCCACAACACAAAAGCAAUGGAGAAAUGUUCACACAUCUAGUAUGUAGAAAAUGUAUCUUUGUUAUAAUUAAUCUAGUUUUAAUGGUCUCAUGUUCGAGUGUGCUUCAUCCAUCCGAUUUUUGUUAGCCAAGAAACACACAACAAUUCCAUGUUUCCAUUUCCUACCAGUGUUUUCUUAUACAUAAAAUAGUAGUAAUGGAUUUUUAGGAAUUCUAUUUUAAUUAAGGAUUUGUUUUAGAAUCUUUAGGUUUAUACAUAUAUGUUGCAUUUAUAUUGUACUUUUAUUUACUUCUAGUAACUCAUUUCGAUGUAUUGCUGUUGUGAUAGGCAGCCAUUUCCAUUGCACAAAACUUUGAGUAAUUGUCCAUUCAUUUCAUAUAGUGGCCUAAUUGGCACCUGACAUUUAUUUCUUUUUGGGACUUAAAUGGAGGAAAAAUUAGGUAUGGAAAAGAGUUUAUAGCGCAGAGAGAGAGGAAAGCGAAGAAACAUGAACUUUAAUUAAAAAAUCAUUGAGUUCAAUAUUUCUUUGAUUUAUUAAAAACUAAUUUCUAUUUCACAAAGAUUUUUCAAUUAUUCUUAAAACAUUGCCUUCAUAUUAAAACAUAGCUACGUUUCGUUAUUUUCAAAUUAAAAAUUAUUUUACAAUACAAUUGUUAAAUUGUCAUUUUAUUCCCAUGGUUUCAGUCACAAUUUCAUUUUAAUCUGGAAACCUAUUUAAAAAAAAAACGUCCUGUAAUAUUUAAUUUCACUCAUUUUUUUGUUGGUUCACUGACUUGAACUUUAUUCAAUAUACAUACCACGUUUGGAAAUCCUCAAAAAUGUUUUUAAAAUUUAUGUGUCAAAGCCAUGAUCGUAUAUUGGGCCUGCCCUAUUUUAGCAUUAAACUGUUCAAAGUGUGCGUUAUGUCUUGAUGUCGUAAGAUAUUGAUAACUAUUCUUUGAAGGACAGUCAUAUGACUUGCACUGGAUAGUGUAGUGCUAAAAUAAAACAGUCCCUUUAAUAACCAUAAUCUCAAUUUUUGUUCAUAAAAUUUUUUUUUAAUUGCUUCAUCAUUGUAAGUGAUUCCAUUUUUGUUAAUUUCAUAUUCUACACCUUAGCUUUAAUAAUUUGCCUCUAUCUGGUGCAAAAAAAGGCUACAGAAAAUAUGUUUGUAUACUUAUUAUCCAAAACCCCCCUACUUUAAAAACAUGAUACUAUUUUAAGUAUUUUCUUUGUUAUUGUUUUUAUUCCAUUAAAUGUAAUACCUUCAUUAUAA